AUGUCAAAGCUGAUUCAGGUCAUCACGGUCCUAAGCCUACUGGCUUAUUGCGGACUUCCUCUCGCUUCCGCACAGAUACCUGGACAGGUAGCUGGGAGCAACCCAGCCGCUGCUCCAGCUAAAACAAAGGACUUGGGGGAACUCCUCAGUCCCGAUGGUUCAGAAAGGAAAGGGGACGACUGGAACUAUCUGGAACAGUAUUUACAGCGGAAUCUCACAGGCGAUUACGAGAAAUACUGGGAGAGUGGACGCAGCUUGGGCACUUUCUGGAACGUCCAAGCCGUGCAUCAGUGGGGCGAUAAACAGGCCGACGCGCUGGGUGACGAUGACUGCGCCCUCGUCUUCUAUUAUCCAGGGUCCUGGAAGCAGAAACAAGGGUUGACGAAAGACAACGCCGACUGGAACCAGCUCGAGGAAUACUAUAAGCGGCCUCUUGCGGUCUCAGGGGUCUGCAAGGAUGGGAAACGCCCUAAGGACAGCAAGGGGGAGUACAUAGACGGGAAGUUUCCUCGAGCGGAUGGCAAGGAGAAUCGCGACAAAGUAGACUCGCUAGUCUUCCACAGCUAUUACAAGCGCGCGGUCGAGACUGAUCUCUAUUAUGUUGUAAGGAAAGGCCGAAAUGCAAAUGGGGCAGAAAUCAAGGACUGGACACUUGAUCAAACGGAGGACGAUCUUAUAUUGCUAGCUAACUCAGGAAAGAUGCCGGAGUUCUUCACAAGCGAACAGGGCAAAGAAGACCUGAGAAAGAAUAUUCGGCAAUUACUGCGAGACUGGGCCAGCGCUAAUACGAACGGCUUGGUACCUAACCCUUAUCAAAGGGGCAUUGGUUUUGACGGUUGGUGGCGUUGGUCGCAGGUCAACUUUUUCUGGGGCUUCGAUGAGAACGGCAUCCGGAAAGCGGGUCGGAAGUGGGUCCCUUGACCCAGUUGUUGGUCAGCUAGACCCCUUGUUUGGAUUCGGACCAUGAUGUAUUACCAUCUCUUGUACGCUUCAGAGCGAGUGUUGAUCCUUAAAACGCUCGCUUUGCUGUCUCUCUCGUAAGGUGCUCGCUAGUCCUUCUCGCUCGACUAUGUCCAUCGAAAGCC